AUAACAAAGUAUACAAUGUUGUUGCUGUAACUUCAUGCUACUGUUGCUGCUGUUGCUGCUGUGUGACGUAUUGAUGAGUGUAGUGCAUUAGUUAGCCCACCCACCCAAAAUCUCCACCAGCUGUCACUGUCAAUGAGUAUUGUCAAAUGGUCUAACUUAGUAUAUUAAGUAUAACUUAGAACAGCUAACAUUCUGCAUCAACACUUCUUUUCCUGAAAGCGUGUAUGUGGUCAGUUUGAGGAACAGGAUGAGCAACUACAAACAGCCCGCCUCUUUAUGUAGAAAGCAGCCUUACUGAAGCACAGUUCAUUGUGGACAUUGCAGAGCUUCAGUCACACUCACCAUGAAGAACUUUACCUUGAUAACAGCUUUAAGUCUCUGCAGCUUCAGCUGGAUCUCUGUCUCAGGUUCUGAGUCUCAGACUGUGGAAGCUCAGCUUAAUGACACAGUCACACUGCUGAGUACCAACAUGUCCAAACGCAGCACUCGGACAUCCUGGCUCAAACUGGUCAAUGGUACAAAGGCCAGCUGUAUCACUGUUAUGAUCAAUGACGAAGUUCAACACUGCGGCGACGGAUUUCGAAAAGGAAAAUAUGAAAUGACAUCCAACAUCUCCACUGUCUUUCUCAAGAUCAAACAUCUGGAUCUAUCUGACUCUGGACUGUAUCUCUAUGGAUGUUGCGAAAGUGGACAACCGAAUUUCAAUAUGAUAAAUUUGCAUGUUAAAGGAGGCAGCGAUGAGCCACAUGAUGACGUGGACAGCCAGUGUGAAAAACAGUCUGAUGGAAAAGAAGAGUCUGAUGGAAUAGCAAAGCUGGUGAUUGUCGUCCUGGGCAGUCUGACUGUUGUCCUUGUAAUGGUCAUCAUUGGUCUGGUUGUCAAAAACAGGAAACUUCAGACAGCUGAUAAAGAAGAACAGAAUCCAGAGCAAAGAGAGAAUCUGGACUCUGAUGAACUGAAGGAUGCAGCCCUGAGUUUGUAUUCAACAACAAUAAGAAACAGGAGGCCUGAGUCAGAGAGACAAGUGGAGACUCGUGUUAUUUAUGCUGCCAGCAGAUAGACUCAGAGUGGUUCAGAGGAGCUGAUGCUUUAUCAUAUUAAUCUGCUACUGUGUUCUUUUGUGGUUGGGUGGUCACAGUCCAAUAAUAUUUGACUUCUUAUCAGUGCUUUUACUCUCAUGUCUUGCUCUAUCUCUUGCUCUCUGUGUUGCUAAUUUUAUCUGACUUUGGUGACUGUCCAGAUAGACAAUAGAUAAUAGAAGCCUGUGGUCUGUUCCAUCAAAUCUCUGUGCAAAUAAAGUCUGAAAUG